UCGCACAGUUUUUUUUUGUUUUCGAUUCGAUUUCCUAUUUAUACGCUUAAAUUAAUAAAUAAGAAAAAAAUUUAAAAUCUUCAAAUUGCAUUAAGUUUGUUUUUUUAUUCAAUUUUUUAAUAUAUACAACAUAUGUACAUAAGUAUAUUUACUUAAAACUCGUUUUAAUUUUGUUUUGUGUGAAAAAGCUCAAAAUGAAUUUAAUAUUAGUCUUGAAUAUAUUAACAUUUCUUGGAAUCAAUGUGUCAAAUAUAUUCGCUAUGACCUCAAUUGAAAGUUGUAUUACUCCAUCACCUGAAAAUGCUAGAGGUUGGUGCAUACCAAUAGCACAAUGUAAAAUUCUUGCCGAUAUAAGUGAUUUACCAUUAAGCUUAUUUCCAAUGCGAUAUGAUACAUUCAUAAGAAAUUCAAAUUGUUCCGAUCAAAUUGAAGAGAAAUAUUGCUGUGUACUACAACAUAUUGAUCCUGAAUUCGCCAAGAUCAAUAAUUUAAUAAAUUCAAAUGGCCUAGUUGAUAAAAGUAUUUCUAAUUCAAAAUCUCCUUCAAAUUUUGUACACAAUCCCAUUCUUGAUACUCCAAAUUCUCCAUCAAUUAAUACAGCUGGCAUUGAAAAUCAUCAAAAUUUACAACUACUAGGAAGUGAUUGCGGUGACAUACCAGAAAAAAAUAAAGUAUCAAAUGGUGAAGCAGCAGGAUUAAAUGAAUUUCCUUUUAUGGCACAUUUACAAUAUGAAGAAAGAAGUCCAUUUUAUGCAUGUGGUGGAUCAUUGAUUAAUGAAAGAUAUGUUCUAACAGCAGCUCAUUGUAUAACUCCAGAGCUUUUCAGUGUUCGACUUGGUGAUCAUAAUGUAGAUACAGAAAUAGAUUGCGAAAUAGAUGAAUUUAAUAAUGAUGAACAUUGCAACGAUCCGCCACAAGAUAUCAAAAUUGAAAGUAGAAUUACACACAGUGAGUAUGUAAGGUUUGCAGGAGUAAAUGAUAUCGCUUUAAUACGUUUAAGUAGACCAGCAAAUAUGACAACAAAUAAUGUAAGAUCAAUUUGUUUACCUAUUACUGCUGACUUAAGAAAUGCAGAUGUAAAAACUGGUCAAAUAAGUGGAUGGGGAGGUACAGAAAAAAAUAUUUCAUCAAAUAUACUUCAAGUAGGAACACUUUUAGUUAAUCAAGAAAGAGAGAAAUGUGAAAAUUCUUAUUUGGCAAAUCAUUCAGUAAAAGUAACGGAUAGGGUAUUAUGUGCAAAGGGAAAAAAGAAUGUUGAUAGUUGUAAAGGUGAUUCAGGUGGACCAUUAUUUAACAAAAGGCAAUUAAGAAUUGGAGAAAUAAAAAAAUACAUUCAAUAUGGAAUAGUAGCCUCAGGACCACCAAUACGUUGUGGUGACACUAAUGCUGUCGGUGGUUCACUUUAUACAAAUGUCCCUAAAUUUAUGAAUUGGAUUUUAGAUAAUCUUAUUUUUAAUGUGAUUGGUAACAUUAGUGAUAAAUCAAUGGCAUUUAUUAAUAUGAUGGGCGCCUUGAAUUUUUAUAAAAUUUAUUUUAUAAUCGUAUUUUUAUGCAAAAGUAUUAAUUUAAAUGAAGCACAAUAUCAAACAUGUAAAACACCAACAAUUCCAGAACCGACUGAAUUAGAUGGAUUAUGUGUUUCGAAACCGGAAUGUAAAUCUAUUUUUGAUAUUGUUAAAAGAGAUCCGAAAAAAAUUCCACAAUCAAUUUUAAUAUAUUUAGUAAAAGCGAAUUGCGGAACAUUUAAUGGCAUAAGUUAUAUAUGCUGUAAAGAUAUUUAUUUGUCAUCCAAUGCACGUAAAUUGUUCAUUGAAGCAAAGGAAGAAGAAUCAUCAAUAUCUUUGACUAGUUUAAGACAACCACGAAUAUCUGAUAGAACAAUCAAUAAAGAAACAGUUAUUGAAGAACAUCCAAAUAUAGCAUUGUUACCGAAAGAAUGUCAAGUAUUACAAUUGACAUUAGAUGAUCGAAUAUCAAAUGGUAAUGAUGCAGCAUUAGAAGAGUUCCGAUUUAUUGCUCUUACACAAUACGAAACAUCAAAUGGUGAAAAAUCAUCAUUUUAUUGUGGCGGCUCAUUAAUUUCAAUCAAAUAUGUUUUGACAGCAGCACAUUGCGCCAGUGUAGAUGGAAUCAUUUUAAAAUCUGUAAUUCUGGGAGAAUACAAUACUAAAACAAAUCCAGAUUGUACGGAAGAUGGAAAAUAUUGUACAGAUGUAAUUCAAAAUAUUCCAGUGGAAGAAAAAAUAAUACAUGAAAAUUACAAUAUAAAACAAUUUGCUAAUGAUAUUGCUUUACUCAGGCUGGCAGAACCAGCUAAUUUAAAUGUAAGGAACGUAGCAACAAUAUGUUUACCAAUUUACUCAGAAUUACGAAGUCGGAAAAUUGAAGACACUUAUGUUGCCGGUUGGGGUGCAACUGAAAAACAUCACGUUACAUCAAUUCUUCAAAAAGCGGCAUUUUCAAUUACAGAUCAUAAUAAAUGUAAAUUAUUAUAUCGCCGUUAUAAUAUACGUAUACUUGAAUCACAUAUAUGUGCUGGAGGUGAAAAUAAUAUAGAUGCAUGUCGUGGUGAUUCUGGUGGACCAUUAUUCUCUUUAUUAAAAUUUGGUAAAAAUUUUAUACCACGUUAUGUACAAUAUGGGGUUGUUUCAGGUGGUACAGCAAAAUGUGGAACUGUUAGUUUCCCAGGAUUAUAUUCAAAUGUUUCAUUUCAUAUGAAAUGGAUUUUAGAUAAUAUGAAAGAAUAAGAAUCAAAAAUGGUUUCUAUAUUUUCUUUUUAUCUAAAAUUACCUUAUAUAUUAUAACUUGUAUAUUGAUAAACCAUUAGAAUUAGAAAUAAAAGCACUGACAACUCA